GAGCCGCUCGGCGGGGCUGGGCUGCCCGCCGGACCUGCCGCUGCUCCUUCGGUACCGGGCCCGGCCGGGACGGCAGCGCCCUGCCCGCGACCCCGCCCCGGGGCAGCCCCGGGCGGCGGCACCGAAGGCCGAACCCUGCGACCCUCUGUGAACACUGUGAAGAGAGAAGGACCCUCCAAGGUCAAAUGUCCACACUCAACUUGGUGAUAGAGUGGUGAAGGCACUGAUAUUCCGAACCAAUGGCUACUGGGCUGAUUCAUUUCCCAGCCUGCAGUUUGUGUAUCAAGGGCAAAGAUCCCAUGCCUGCAUUUCUUGGUCGAAGAUGGAGGGCUCAGCAGCGCCUGGAGGCUCUUCAGCAGCUUGCUGUAUGUCAGACUUCUCUUCAGAUACCUCGGAUUGUGUAUGAAGACCCUGAAGUUGAUGGAAGGAAUCGCUACAAAUAUUUUGGACAACCUCUCAGCUCUUCUAAGCUGCCUCCACCAGGUGUUCCAGAAGAUGUUGCUGAUACAAAGACAGAGACAGAGCCACAUGUCCAGGCAGCUGCAGAAGACAGGGAGAUCCUUGGCCUCGUGUUCCGAACUCUGGGGACACAGACAGUUUACAGGGAUGGUGAAGCACAGACAGAUCCCUAUUCCCCUGAAUUUAUAGUUCGCAGUGGCUCAAUCCCUGAAAUCCUGACACUCGCUACCCUCACUUGGGGCCGGGGGCUGCCGGCAGGACAGGCCGAGAUGGAGAUCAUCGACCGCAUCCGGGAGAAGCGCGCUUGGGAAGCGGCUCUGCCACCCAUGGACAGUCCCGCAAACGUCGCCAAGAGGCUGAAGAUGAUGGAGGCUAUGGAAAGGAAGGAGUGGGCCUAUAGAGAAGAGGAAAUAGAUAAGUUGCAGAAGAUUCGAAUGGAAGUCUUUAAGAAGCUGCUGUGGCGGCGAGAGGAGAAUCAGAAUAAGCUGGAUGCCAUACGCUUGAAAAACCACUGGCAAAAUCAUCAGAAGGCUAAAGAAGAGAAAAUAAGAAAGGUUCACCAUGACUGUGCAUUGAUGCUCAGGAAACUGAUAGCUAAGAGGAAGAAUUGUAUGGGAAAGCUGGAGAGACGAGAUAUCAUCAAAGAGUACAGUGACUUCUCAUCACAAGCAUAUGCUCCUUUGUCUCGAAUUGGUUUUUUCCCAGACAGCGGUUCUGACUACUAUGCAGUAAAAAACUUCUAUCUUGACACUUUUGCAGGAUUGUGUGUACUGGAAGAAUCUGUCCAGCGUUCUGUCUCACAGAUGAAGAUUAAAGCUCCAAAACCUAAAUGCACUAUCACUAAAACUGGCUACAUUAGAAAGUCAGAAAGACUAGAGGCAGUCCUAGCAGAAGUUCACCAGGCGCUGCUGGAGAAGAAGAAUAAAGCCAAGGAGCCAAAGAAGCCUCCCCCUGUCUGUGAAAAAGUAGAAAGCCCUGUUCCUAAGCCACCCACUCUAAUCCUGGAAAAACCAUCAAUUGAGGAAGAGGAAAUAGACCUGGCAGUGAUCUGUCUGCAGAAGUUGCUCCGAGGCAGGGCUCUUCAGAACAGGAUGUUUGAGGGGAAGGAGAAGCGCCUGGAUCUGAUCCAAGAGCUGCGCACCACUCACGCGCUCCAGGAGGAUGGGCAGCUGCUCCUGAAGGCACAGAAGCAGAUGACCCUGUCUUUACAGCGCCAGCAGGACUCACACAUGCACCAGCUGUCAGCACUGGAAAGAGACUUGGCCACAGUAGAAGGAAGGACGCUGGCGAACAUGCUUGAUUUUCUGUCCAAAGAGCUGGUGAGGCUGCAAGAGGAGCAGAAGAUCCAUGCUUUGGUCAUGCUGGCUGAGAGGCAGAGGCGCAUGCGGGAAGCGGAGGAGAGCGGCCGGCGGCAGCUGGAAGAGAGCCGGCGGGAGGAGGAGGAUGCGCUGUUCAAACAGGUGGUGAAUGUUCAGGACAGAACUAUUGACACCUACUUGGAAGACAUUAUCCUGAGUAGCAUGGAGAGGACAGCUGAAGAGCAAGCCAGGGAAGAGAUUCAGAAAAAGGCAGUAGAAAUCAAUGACAUUGCUUAUGAAAUGGAGAGUCGUCGAACUCGCCUACAGUCAGAAGAGAUUGUAGCAGAGCUGGUUUAUAAUUUCCUGAUCCCAGAAGCUGAGAAAAGCUUUAUGAGAGAAAGAGUGAGGCAAUCCCAAAGAAAACACAUCUACGCUGCUCAUCGGAUCAUCCACGGGGGCACAGAGAGGGCUCUGGCUGACCUGGCACGGCAUCAGGAGGUUUCUGCCACCGAGAGAAAGGAGGAUCCUCCUGCCGGGACAGCCGGCACAGCUCCGAGCGGGACAGCUGCUGCACCAAGCGCAGCCGAGAGCACUCACCCUGCCACAGCUGCACAGGAACUUGGACAAGGCUUCCACGAGGAUCCCACAGCCUCCUAGAAGAUGAGUGAGGUAAUUUUCUUUUUCCCUAGCAAGGUAGAUAAGUUUAAUAGUAAAGAACACCAGUGUCUUGACUGAGCGUCCAUCGGGGGAGACAGACUGUGAUCCAGCCCGGCUCGGGGACCCACUACGGCAGGGCUGACGUAAAGGAAGCAUCAAGAGCACACUGGGUUAAAAAAAGCCCGAAAGAGUGUAAAAGAAGAGAGGGACAGCUCUGAGCAGACUGUCGCCAACAGCUUGGCAUCACUGACCUUCGUGUCACCAGAAAGAAAGUGCAGCCUCUGCUUCACUGGAAUGAACACGAGAUGCUUCGAAAUAAAACAGCAACCUUUGGUUUGGUAAAGAGUUACGUGUUUUCCCAUUCAAGACAAUCUUAUGUGGAAUACUAACAAGGUAGUAAAACACAAGCAAACUAGUUUUAGAAACAAGGCCUUCGUGCUGGGCACAAGAAAUCAAGAGUCAUGUUAAACUUAUCUCAAGAAAACAAAGGUGACUUCGGGGAAGGAUAUGGGAGAAAAAAUAGGGAGAAGAAAGGGAACAGAAAGUCCUCCCGGCAGAGAGAGCCACCGCAGUCUCCUACAGCGCUGCCCCCGCUCCCACCACAGCCAAAUGGCUCCGAGCGCAGCGACCCUGUGGGAUGGGGGGAGUUUCCCUCCCCGGGGCCCUUUCCGCUCACGCUGCCCCCGGCACAGCCGCAGGGAGGGUGGGAAGGCCAAACCUCCUGGAAGCUGCUGCUGCCCAGACACUCCUGGGCACAGGUUGAGGGGAGAGACAAGCAAAAUCUAAAUGGGCUGCUAGGGCAAGGGUCCGAAUGAAAUCAGCUGCUGCUAGUGGGAGGAGGAGGGCAGGGCGGGCACCUUGGAGACUCCCAGAACAAAGCCAUGGCUCCAAUGAAGUAAAUGACGCUGGAGACGGUUUCUUUUCCUUCCGCUACUGAUCAGGGUAUCACCAGAACCUUACAGCACUCAAAGAGUUAGAAAGCGGGGCGGGGAGGGGGGAGCAAAGAUGUGGGUUUGGGGUGGGAGACACUGUUAAUAAAGAACGAGGAGAAAAAAAUAAAAGGGAAAUAAAAUUCAAAAAAUCAUGGAAGCGAAGGCACUCCAAACUAUAUAGAUACACUAUACAUCGCUAGAGUUAUUGUUACAAUAAUACAGGCCGGUACCUACUGUACAGAGUUAAAACUAUAUGGCUUUAAAAAGCUCGUCUACAUUUUGUCUGAUUAUUAAACAGAAUCACUGCCCUGAACGGUAACUUUUUGCUCAUUAAUAACAGUUCCUGGGUCCACAUAUUUACAUACAAAACAAUAAAACUCAAAAAUUCAAAAACAACCAAAAAUAAUCAUGUACAAGCUUGAAUUUGGUGAGGAGCUUUGUUUUUUUGUUGCUAUUUUUACUAUGUUUUUUUUCUUUUUUUUUUUCUCUUAUUUACAAAAAAAGGUUGUUCAAGGACCUGGAUCUAACUUGUACAAAAGAGUGUGUGAUCCUGCUAUGAUCCUUGAAAACAGAAAUAAAACCAGAGGGGCACCCCUGACCCUCCCCCCCGCCUAACACACACACGAGACACACACAGACGCCGGCACAGUCACAAAACCAGAGAGAAACGCUCUGACUCCCCUCUGCCAGUCUUUAACAAAAAAAUGAAAAAGAAAAGCCACAUGUCCUGGCACAAGCAGCAAUUUUUCUUUGAUAUUUUUAUUACUUUUUUUUAAAGACUCGGUAAUUUACUGCCUCCAAAUAACAGCGCCUGUGGCCAAUGCUUCAGCAGUCGGUCUAUACAAAAGAUCCAUACCCUGCCACUGUCCUACUUUUUGAGUCUCCUGCACGGAUUUGGAUCACUGGGUCAACCAAGCCCCUUCACUUACCUUUCAGGACACUGACUAGCCGAGCGCAUGUGUUAAGACGCUCUUCAGCCCUUUCUAUUAAGUUGCAGGUUAGGAUUUGGAAAGCUGCCUGUUUCUCAACGUGGGUGUGCUUUCCUUUGCAGCCAGCCAGAAUGCAAAAAAGCUUUAAAACCUUUUUUUUGUGUGUGUGUGCCCAACAGCAUAUCACCGAGGGGUAUAACAUGAGGGUUUAUCGGUUUCACGGUAGGUGGUCACUCACCUCUUCAAUCAGCUCCCGCGGCCCCAAACCCACCGCUUGCCAGGCAGGAGGGAGAGGGCAGAGCUUUUAUCAGUUCCGGGGCUGCUAAGAGACAGUUUCCAAAAAAAUCCCACGUCAACAGCAUAAAAGGUACAAGAAGAAACACACCGAGCUCGUGACCAAGCCCCUGCGGCGGCCGAGCUUCCAAAGCCGCUACUGCCGGUUCCCCCCGGGCCACACGAAGGUUCCGCGUGUUCCCGAAAAGCAACUGCUUGCCUUAGAGAUCCGCACGUCGAGGAACGGCUCGGUAAGCACCAAAGGCGACUACAGUUUCUCUGAAGAAGGAUAAGGCUGGAGCGGACACCAACCGCAAGCCUACCACAAGAUCAGGUCUCCAAAAGUCUCGUUUCCGUGCCGGGGCUGCAUCCGGCCGCUCACCUGACCCUUUCGCAAGGAAUAUUGCUUUGACUUCAGGAAGAGAGACGUGGAUGCUCACACCACACGCCGUCGCAGGGAGGAAACCUGGACCCUGAACUGAUGGACUAGAACAAGCAUUCACCUCACGCUUCAGUCAGACUGAUUCGAGAUCACAGACAAAAUAAAAAAAGCAGUAUUGUAUCUAUGUAUACAUGUAUAUAUUUAUAUAAUAUAUAUACACACACACUCAUAUAGAGCCAGCUUUCCUACAAGUCAGCAGGUACAAAUUACCAUCAAGAGCAUUCUGAUGUGUAUUUUAAUAUUCUACCAAUGUAAAAACAUAAUGGCGACGUGGCAACGUGCAUCAAUAAAUAGAGAUUAAACAAAAAAAACCAAAAAAACAAAAAAAAAAAACAAAACAAAACAAAAAAAAAGAGCAAGAGGUUAAAAAAGAUGAAAAUUAAAUACAGAUUCUAGCUGUGGCUUUAAAAUCAGAACAAUUGGAGAAUGUGGCAUCCUGCAAGUUAAAACUGCAGUUAAAAAAAAAGUAUUACAAAAUAAACCAGUAGCCUGUUUCAGUUCACAUUAUAAACCCUGGUGUCCUUUUCCUGUACGCACCUUAGGAAAAGGGAAGCCUGUUCAAAUCAAGAGCCAAGGAGGGGUGGGGAGAGAAAAAACCCAACCAAACACACUUUCACAGUGGCCACUUCCCAAAAAAGUCCCUUAACAUCCAUCCACCAGCUGGGCCCCUGCCCCUGCCGAGGAUUUUGUUCGUCCGCUCUUCUCUGCUGAAGCCGGGAGCCGGCCCGAGCCACGGCAAGCAGGAGCUCUGGCUGGGCAAAGGGGAUGCCUGGGCAGAGCUGACCGCUGCUGCUCGUGCAUGUGUGUGUAUUAUAUUAUAUAUCACCCACUCGGGAGAGCCUUUUCCCACAUGAAGCUGCAGAUUUCCUCGUCACUAGCACUGAUUCUUAGAUUGAAGGCUUCCGCUAGGGUUCAAGCCUUAGACACAUGGCAAACCCUCCCCCCCACCCCAUGGCAACCUAUUUUCCUACCACGUCGCCCGCUCCCCGUGCCGAGCCAGGGCAGCUCUUCAGAUAACCUGGGAUAUGGAUUUGCUGACAAGAAACGCUGAGCUCUGUUGAAUGACCCCUGCUAAGCUCCCGACCAAAUUCAAGCUGUGCACUACAUCAAAGUCCAAAACUUCACUUAAAAAGAAAAUAAAAAAAGAGGGUAAAAAAAAAAAAAA